AUGAAGAAGCAAAACUCUACAAACCACAACCAUCAAGCGCAGAGAAGAAACUGGGCUGAAGAAGUAUUGUGUUUCGCUUGCGCGUGCCUACAGCUCUCCUGGCGGCGCGUGGUGGUCCGCAAGUGGCUCAACAUCCCUACCGCCAAUUCGGAUUACUCUGCCGAUACCGAUUCUGGCUCCGAUUCCGAACCAGCCAUAUCUUUCUGUUGCAUUAUUGAAAUCUCAGUUAUGAAUUCUGCUUUUGCUCCAUGGUCAAAUUCAGAUGUUCUUCCCAGGAUAAGAAGACGAAAAUCAGAGACGCUUAGAGCUCAGUACAUUAACGCAAAGGAAAUCAGAGUAUGUGCUGCCACAUGGAAUGUAGGGGGACGAGUUCCGCCUGAUGACUUAGAUCUUGAUGGAUGGUUAGACAUUGAUGAGCCUGCUGAUAUUUAUGUGAUUGGCCUUCAGGAGAUAAUACCAUUAAAUGCUGGUAAUAUAUUUGGCGCAGAAGACAAAUGUCCAGUCUCCAAAUGGGAAAACAUAAUACGAGAAACUCUGAACCAAGUUCCGCCUGUGAAUAAGUUUAAAAGCUUCAGUGAUCCUCCUUCCCCAUCAAAAUUUAAACCAUCUGAAGAUGCCCCGAACAUCGAAGAUGAAAUUGCACUUGGAUCCGACAGUGAUGUUGAGGAGGAAGUUUAUCCUUUGAAUGAGGAAUCAAAUGGUGUAGAGGGAAUCAAGUACGAGAUUUUCAAAGGAGAAAAAUCUCAAUGUGAUAAUUUGAAUGUCUCCCAUGGAUUUGAUAACUUAACAAACUCAGUUGACCAAGAGUUCAAGCAGCAGCUUUCUUCUGCGAAAAAACUGGACAGAUACAAUUCAGAAGUUGUGGACACACAGUAUACCAAGAAACUUACCAAAACACUUAGCGGUGCAGAAAGGAUAGGGCUAAGCUGGCCCGAGCCCUCUCUUCCUCUGUUAGCUUAUCAUGGUUUUGGUAUAGCUAAUUCCUUCAAACCCUCUAAGUCGUUGAAAGCUUCCAAAUCUCUCAACAGAUACAGUUCUUUCAACUCAAAAGCGAGUGCGGAAAAUAGAAUGCAAUUUUACUUAUCUCAGCUAUCCGAACAUGACCUUGAAUCUCUAAUUAUCCGGAAGAGAAGGCCACCAUAUGUGAGAAUCUUAAGCAAGCAAAUGGUUGGUAUCUUUAUUACCAUAUGGGUCCGAAGGAGCUUGCGGAGGCAUAUUCAUAACUUGAAUGUGUCUACUGUUGGUGUAGGCAUCAUGGGUUAUAUUGGCAACAAGGGAUCAAUUUCAGUCAGCAUGUCUAUACAUCAAACACUUUUCUGUUUCAUUUGUACUCAUCUGACAUCAGGGGAGAAAACGGCAGAUGCAGUUAAAAGAAAUGAUGAUGUGCAAGAAAUACAUAGACGAACACACUUCAAUUCCAAUGUUGGUAUGGGCCUUCCUAGAAGCAUCUAUGACCAUGAGAGAAUAAUUUGGCUGGGUGACCUAAACUAUCGCAUCAAUUUGCCUUACGAGCUAACAAGAGAACUGAUUUCCAAUAAGAAUUGGCCGAUGUUGCUCGAGCGGGAUCAGCUCAUAAAGGAGCUAAGAAAAGGCCGUGUAUUUCAUGGAUGGUCUGAGGGUUCUUUGAACUUUGCUCCAACUUAUAAAUAUGAACUGAACUCCGACUCCUACUGUGGAGUGGAUCCAAAGGCUGGAAAGAGAACUCCUGCAUGGUGUGAUCGUAUUCUGUCCUUUGGAAUUGGAAUGAAGUUGGUUAGCUACAGGAGAUCCGAACUCAAGCUGUCUGACCACCGGCCCGUGACCGCCACUUACCUGGUGGAAGUUGAAGUCUUUUCACCUCGAAAGUUGCAACGGGCGCUCACUUUUACUGAUGCAGAAAUUGAAGAACAAGAUGUUGGCCUGCUACUACUGGAAGAGGAUACUUUCUAUCGGAAGGGUGAGGGACAUCGUCCAAGGUUUUGA